AUGAACAGGUGCAUUCUCCUGCUCGUGACGGCGCUCGUCACCCUCUUACCGAGGGGCGAAACUCUCCCGGCACACACUGCGGAUUUCGAUAGUGCCUUAUCGAGCUUGACCCUCCCAGGCGAGAGCCACGCGACCCAGACGGUCAUUGCCGCCAAGCGAUCGCUCCGGGCUCUCAAGACGACGAAUAGUCCACGCGACGAAGAAGAACGAGACAUAUCGGGGCUUGCCAAGAAGGUGGCGUCAUGGGCCAGCAAAACAAAACUGACCAAUAUUCUGCAGAAGCGAAUGCAGGUCAAGGCUGAGAAACGAGUACAGCUGAUCAAGAAGCUGGCUGACAAGAGCCCCAACAACCUAGACGCGAUUUACCGAAACAAGAUCACGCCAGACGAGUACUUCGAAGCGAUGGGUUUUCAUUACAGCCUGCGUUUUGCCAGUCCUCGUCAGAUCGAUUACGCAGCGAGAACCACUCCCGGCCUCCGAAAAUGGGACGAAUACGAGAAGUUUUACUUCAAGCGCAAGACGUCGUGA